CGAUCAUGUCCAACAACUCAGCACUCUUCUCCUCUGACUGUGCUACUUUCAGCCAAGUGACUGUAAAUGUGGCCAUCACGUACCUUUUCUUCUUCUUGUUCCCUGUUGCAUUACUGCUCAAUGGGAUAGCAGCGUGGGUGUCUUUGCAUCUCCCGUCCACCUCCACCUUCAUAGUGUAUCUCAAAAACCUGGUGGCUUCUGACCUGCUCCUGACACUGACACUACCAGUGACAGCAGCUAGCAUGCUACCUGAAGCGGCAGUCGAGUUAAGGAUUUUUGCUUGCCGUUACUCUUAUGUAAUUUUCUACUGCUGUUUGUACACAAGUAUUGCUUUAAUGGGUCUUAUCAGCCUUGACCGCUUUUUCAAAAUUGUUAGACCAUGUGGAAAAAUGUUAGGACAAAACGUGGUCUUCAGUCUUGUAAUGUCCACCUUGGUUUGGAUGGGUUUAUUUGGCUUUACAGUCAUCCCAACUAUCAUUCUGACUGACCAAACUCCUGUUAAUAUAACAGGAGAUUUCUGUAUAUCCCUGAAAAGUCUAGCUGGUGUGACGAUUCACAAGAAUGUGGUUAUUUCUAUGGAGAUUCUUUUCUGGCUUGUCAGCAUACUGAUUGUGUUUUGCUACAUCUGCAUCACUCUGAAAGUCAUACAGUCCUUCCGAAAAUCUGGGAGCAACAACAGCCAAGGAAAGAACAAGACUAAACUACGAGUCUUCUUGAUCCUUUUUGUGUUUUUUGUGUGUUUUGUGCCUCUUCACGUUAUGCGUGUUCCAUUCACACAAUACGAAAUCUUUGGCAUUGAGGGCUGUGCUCAAAUGUGGGUGCUUAUAGUCCAAAAAUUUGUCCUGUGGCUCUCUACAACUAAUGUCUGUCUGGACCCUCUUCUUUACAUUUACCUGUGUAAGGAGUACAGAGACAAACUGGUUGACAUAAUGAAAGCUAAAGGGAUCUGUGUUGGGUUAUACUCAGGUGAAAGAGGGGAGACUUCAGCAAAUGUUGGAUGAAAUGAGAGACUAAUAAUAUGUCCUCAGUCACAAAUUGCAUUGUUCUUUUGUUUUAUGGAUUGACAAACAUGAAUAUUUUAGCAAGCAAGACCGCCUUAGAAUCUUCCAGUAACUUUUAAUCUUUACAUUUUAUGUUGUACUGCCCUCUAGUGAUCUAAUGCAGAUUAGCAUCUAUUGAGACUAAGGUCCACUGAGAGAAACAAAGUAGGAACAUGAUAAAAACCACAUGAUAAAUGUGAUGUAAAUUUCAUUGUAAAACUAUGCAAAUGUAUUAUUUGAU